AUGGGCGCGGCGCCGGGGCACUCUCUGGGACUCUGGGACUCGCUGCAGGGAUUAUGCUCGGCGUCUGCUCUCGUCCCACCCGCCCGUACCAACUUGCUCACCUCGGCGAUUGAUGGAGUAAAAAAAAGACAAGAGCUUCACCUUUCACGCCUUACAAGUCUCAGACUUUUUCCGCUUCUGAAUAUCUUCAAUUGCACCUCCCUUCAUCGCCUACAUACGGGUCACUUUCACGGACCACAAAGGUCUCGACGUCAUCGACUCUCUUCUCCGCAGACACAGACCGGCGCCCCGGUCGACAAUGCCAGCAGGAUGGCGACGCACGACAAGAUGAAGAGCGCCGAGGCCGACGACGCCGCGUGGGAAGCUACGCGGGGAGCCUUUAUCGGCGCCGCGAGAUGGGGUCUCGGAGCCGCCGUCGUGGGCGCCUUUGCGUACAAGUUCUCGCCGCUGUACAAGGGCCUCACUAUCCAGUUCAAGAUUUAUAUGCAAAUGUCGGCCAUGGUGCUGGGAAGCAUGCUGGAGGCGGACAACAGGUUACGAGAGUAUGAGGCCCGCGCGACUGAAACCGAAAUUGACACUCUCAAUGGGACAAAAGUUGAUCUCAAGCUGUAUUUCAUAGUAUUGUAUACCUAA